UCCAUUUCAUUUUUGGCAAUAUAAAGAGCUGUCUUCGCUGACUCAGAGUCAAAUCAAAGUCAGCUUCCCAUCCAGACAGCAGCAUGUUCAAGAUUGUCAUCAUCUCUUUGGCUCUUUGCCUGGCCGUCGUAUUGAGUGCUCCGGUGGACCAUGUGACCUCCACCACCCAGCCACCGGUGGCCAUUCUGGAGUCAUCCCACGAGAAGCACGAGGAUGGCUCCUACAACUUCUCCUACCUCGGCGAGGAUGGCACCCACCGGAGGGAGGAGGCGGUGGUCAGGAACCAGGGCACUGAGAACGAGUACCUCGAGAUCAGCGGCUCCUACUCCUACUUCGAUGCGAACGGAAAGGAGGUGACCGUCACCUACAAGGCGGAUGAUCAUGGAUUUGUGCCCGAGGGCGGCGCCAUCCUGCCCCAGAUUUCUCUAGCCGCCAAACAGGUUAGCGAGCUGGUGUUGCAGCCAGAUCUUGACUAUGUUAAGCCCCCUAAGGUUUAAUAAACAACAAUUUAAUUGACAACAAUGGAACUUAA